GCACAGCACAGCACAAAUAUGGUCAUGGAUAUUUCGGAUAGGAGGAAAAUGUCAAGAAACUUUUGGCAUGGACCAAAUGUCUCAUGGACCUUUUGGCAAGGAUCCAAUGUGUGCUAAUCUCCUGACCUGCAAAGCUAUUUCUGGGACUUUCAGUAUACUGACCAUAGCCAUCAAUAUGCAUACUCCCUGUUUGUUAGGCUUGCUUUGCAUAACAUCAAUGUCUGAAGAAGUUACUUAUGCAGAUCUAAAAUUCCAGGACUCCAGUCAGACAGAAAAUAUCCAGAAGUUUGUCAAAUUUGAGAAAGAAGACCCACCUGUUCCUUCCCACGUAUGGCGUCAAAGAGCCUUGGCUCUGACUGUUCUGUGCCUUCUGCUGCUGAUUGGCCUGGGAGUCUUAGGAGCCAUAUAUUUAAAAACUUUGAAGACAGGCAUGGAAAAAUUGAAUAAGCUACAAAAUUUCAAAGAAGAACUUCAAAGAAAUGUGUCUCUACAACUCAUGCAGAACACAAACAGUUCCCAGAAAAUCAGGAACCUUUCUAUAAAACUUGAAGAAAUAGCCACCAAAUUAUGUCGUGAGUUAUAUACAAAAAACAAAGGGCACAAAUGUAAACCUUGUCCAAAGGACUGGAGGUGGCAUGAUGACAAAUGCUACUUUGUACGUGCCUACCAAGGUCAGGAAACGUGGCAAAAGAGUGAUGAGAUUUGUUCUGACUACAAUGCCAGCCUGUUGACGAUUAAAAGCAAAAGUGUGUUGAUACUGCUGAACAUAAAUACAGUAUUUUGGAUGAGAAUACAGAAAACUGAUAAAGGAAAUGGCAACCCAUGCCAGUAUUCUUGCCUGGAUAAUUCCAGUGGACAGAGGAGCCUGGUGGGCUGCAGUCCAUGGGGUCACAAAAAGUCAGACACGACUGAGCACACACAGAAAACAGAAGCUAGUUUUUCUUGCUUCUCCAGAAAUAAGGUAAAUAUAAACUUUACAGAAAAUCAAAGAAAAUGAAAUCUUGGAAUAUACAAAGAAGAUAAUACCAUCAUGACCAAUUAGGACAAGACAGGUUGAUUUACUUACUUUUGAGGAAAAAAAAUAAAAGAGAGAAUACAGUGCCAUUUCAAUAGAUAUAGAAAAAAUGUUAGAUAAAGUUCAACACCAAAUCUCUUAAAAAACUUGAAGCAGAAGAUAUCUCUAAUCUGAUAAAGAAUGUUAACAUUAAAGAAAAAAAAAAAAACUAACAAAAGCAGCAACAGAAACCCCUAAGCUUAACAUAUUUCUAGUAAAAGAGGGAAAGUUUUUCUUUUGAACCCUGGAAGAAUAUAGAAAUUAUCGGUUAUUUUAUUCAACAACCUCUACUGUCUAUUGGAGGUCCUGAAAGUGAAAUAAAGCAAGAAAGAGAUGAAAAAUAUUAAAAAAGAGACAGAAAUAAGAUUUUAUUUGUAGAUCAUUUAAUUCUUUACAUAAACCAAUAUAAUUUAUAAACUAUUAAUUUAGCAAGCUCAGUGAUAAAUUAUAUAUAGUAUAUUCCGAAUUCAUGCACAUCAAUCAUAAUUCUAUAUAUUAGCAAUAAGUAGUGCAAAAUAAAAUUUACAAAAGCAAUACCAUUAAUAAUAGCAUCCAAAAACAUAGUAAUAAUAAAGAUUAAAAUGUGGAAAAUCUCUAUAUGUAAAUAUUAUAUGCAGUGUGAUCCUAAUACCUCACCUAAAGUUACACUUCCUUCUAAAGAUCUGUACAUCCAGCAACUGGUAAUAACAGCAUAGCAAGGGCCAGGACUGCACUGUCAUGCCUCAAAGAAAACUAUAAGCUGUUUGCUGCCAAAUUAGCUAAUAUAUACCCAUUCCACAAUGGAAAGAGCUUUGACAGGAAUAGAUGCAUAUUUGGGUAUGGAAUUCUUGUCCUGUCCAUAGGGUUCAUCCAGAACCAAUAUCCACAAACUGGAAUAGGACCUUACAUAACAUCAUGUCUGAUGCUCUCUAGCAUUCAGAUAAGGGAAUGGAGGAUUGACCAUGGGAUCCACUAGUUACAUAAAAACAGAAUCAACACACAGCUUCAAGUCAGACAGAGCAAUGGAAGGCUAAAGGUCAAUUGAAAGCACAGUUGGAGAUCCAUCUCAAGAGUUAAUACUACAACAUGAUGCCAUCUUCCAAGUUAUAGUGUAUCCUUUAAACCAAUAACCUUUAUAUGGUGCUGUGUCUUCAACAGAUAGAAUACAUGGGUCUGGAAACCAAAGGGAGAGGCAGGAGUGACCCUUCUUACCAUCAUUUCCAGUAACUAACUUGGGAGAUGCAUUCCUUCUGUCAGAGUAACUCUGGGUUUAAGAAAAUCUUGUCUGUAAAGAACAAAAGCUUCCACCGAGGGGCACAGCAUCUCUUUAGAUGAAUUGGGAUGAGCUAUUUACUCUGUCCAACAGAAGAGGGGGCUGUUUUUACACCAUAGGGGGAACAGAAAGAAAGACAUUUGGCAUCCAGUUAUGCCAUUUGAGGAC